AUGACAGCACGCUCAGGGAGAGCCGGCGAGCUUAGGCGGGGCUGGACCACCGGCGCCUGCGCCGCGGCUGCGACGCGGGCCGCCUACACGGCGCUGGUCACCGGGCGCUUCCCCGAUCCGGUUUCGGUCACGCUGCCGGGUGGCGAGACGCCCUCUUUCCCGCUGGUUCUCGCCGUGCGCGACCGGAGCCACGGGCGCGCCGCCGUGCGCAAGGAUGCCGGCGACGACCCCGACGUGACCCACGGCGCGCUGGUCGAAUCCUGGGUGAGGCCCGCGCCGCCUGGCGCCGGCAUCGUGUUCCGGGCGGGCGAGGGGGUCGGCAUCGUGACGCGGCCCGGCCUCAGCCUCGCCGUGGGCGAGCCCGCGAUCAAUCCGGCGCCGCGCAAGAUGAUCGCGGCGAUGCUGAACGAGCUCGCGCCUGCACUCGGCGGGCCGGCCGAUGUUUGCGUCACCAUCGGCAUUCCGGACGGCCGCCGCCUCGCGCAGCGCACGAUGAACGGCCGCCUCGGCAUCGUGGGCGGCCUUUCGGUGCUGGGCACGUCGGGCAUCGUGAAGCCCUAUUCCUGCGCCGCAUGGAUCGCCUCGAUCCGCCAGGGGAUCGAUGUGGCUGCCGCGACCGGCGCCACCCACCUCGCGGCGGCGACGGGCCGCGUCUCGGAGGAGGCGGCGCGGGCGCUCUACGGCCUCGACGAGAGCGCGCUGAUCGACAUGGGCGAUUUCGCCGGCGCCACCUGA